GUGCUCCAUUCAAGUACAUGAGCAGCAGGAUUGAGGCCAUAGACCAGACAAACUGUGUGUGCAAAUAUGCUCUAAUCGAUGGCGAUGUCCUUGGCGACAAGCUCGAGAAAAUUUGCUAUGAGAUCAAAAUUGAGGCCUCUGAGGAUGGAGGGUCCGUGAUCAAGAUCGACAAGGAAUAUCACACCAAGGGCGAUGCUGAAAUAACCGAAGAAGAAGUCAAAUUUGGGACCGAACAAGUUCAGGGGCUUUACAAGGCUUGUGAGGAUUAUCUCAUUGCCAACCCUCAUGUUUGUGCCUAA